GAGACGCGCCGCAACUUGCUGCCUCUCCUCCCUCGGCUCCGUGGCCACGCCGCUGCGGGCUGCGCUCCGCGGGAGGCGGCGGCAUCCAGGGACGCUCCGCUCCGCGGGGCCGGCGCCUCCCGAUAAAUGAUGAUUGGAGCAGCGUCUGUUAAGAGAAUUUGUAGAAGCAAACACUGCUGAAGAUACCCAGUAGGUCAGCAAUUAGGAUCUGCAACUUCCAAAUGAGAACCGGAUCUGGAGGCAACGCAUUGUUCAAAUGAGUAAAAGUUGUGGGACAUGACAGUCAUCAAACUCACCCAUCUUUUGUUUGGUUCCUUUUAUGAGAUGUCAUUUAAUGAGGAAAAGAAACAGGAGGAAUCAUUUGUCAAUACUGUAUCUCACUUGAACAUCAAGCCCUACAGAGCCUACAAGCCCAGAAGCUUUUGCUUCCUCACUGGGAGAGCCUGUAUGAAAACCUGUGUGGAUGACGUUAUAAGAAACAGAAGGUGCAUGCAGCACAGAUGUCAGUCUUCUUCAAGGACUAACUUCUUCAACCCCAAGUGAUACCAGCUCCUGCUAGUACCAUGGGGCUGGAGGGUGUUUUUUUAGGCACUGGACAGAUCCACGUAAUCCUGUGGGGAAGUUUGGCAGCCAUGACAACACUCUUGUUCCUCACCUUCCUCAUCUUCCUUUGCUCCAGCUGCAAUGGGGAAAAGAAGGCAAAAAAUCAGAAUGGAGAUCAUGAAAAUCUGAUGAAUGUGCCUUCCGAGAAGGAGGUGUUCAGCCAUUCCAUCACCAGCUCUGUAACGGAGCCUCCCCCAAACAGCGAGCAGAACGGAGCCCUGAGCAACGGAGAGGUUCUUUCUGAGGACAGUACAGCUGCCUGUAUCCAGCCUUAUGAAGAAGUACAGACAUCUGAUCUACUAGAUCAACAGGAUGGUCUUGGAAAGUCUAUAAAAUGUCACCAGAGCCGGGAACUACCCAGUAUUCCCCCUAACAACCCCAUGGAAACUAUAAUCUCAUCUAGAAAUGCAGAAAAUGAUCAAGGUCUUGGAAUGGAAGGGCCUUAUGAAGUCUUGAAGGACAGCUCCUCUCAGGAGAACAUAGUUGAAGACUGCUUGUAUGAAACUGUGAAGGAAAUUAAAGAUGUUGGAGCAGUAGUCAGCAUGGAAGGGAACUCUAGCAGCAAAUCAAAGGCUUCACUGACAGUUUCUGAAGGUCAGAAUCCGAUUCCUGAGUGCAGAAUUGAGUCAGCAGAAUAUGCAUCUGUUGACCGAAAUAAGAAGAGUCGCCAAAGUGCAAAUUCAGAAAGUCCUCUUGACAACAUUCCAGAUGUAGAGGAUGAGCUUCCCCCUCCAGUACCCAUGAAACUUCUUGAUGAAAAUGAAAAUGUGCAAGAAAAAGAAGUGGAAGAAGAAGUGACAGAAGGAGCAAGUAAACCAGAAAAGAGGCUUAGUUCAGUGUCUUACAAGUCUCGAGAGGAAGAUCCAUCUCUAACAGAAGAUGAGAUCUCAGCCAUGUACUCAUCGGUGAGUAAGCCGGGACAGGCCAUCAAGGCACUGGAUUCUCCUUACACCUGCAUUCAAGAAAUUGCAUCUCAGAGGUCCCCGUCCAUUUGCAGCGGCCUCUAUGCAAGUGUGAAGGACUUUGAAAACGCCCUCAAUUCCACCACUGUGCCUCAGCCAGCAGACAGAGCAAACGGGGAGCUGGAGCCGGACUAUGAAGCUAUCCAGGCAGUGAGCCAGGAGGAGGACAGGACCUUGGUGGUGCCCAACACAAACCACACUGCUCUUUCAGGAGAGAGCGACUACGAGAGCAUAGGGGACUUGCAGCACCACAGGGAAUUCACCAGACUUUAACCACUCCUGCAGCAGAUUUCCACCCUGUUAUUUCCAAAGGACAAUGAAACAUGGAGGGGGAAGUGCUUUUCCUGUGGAACACAAGUUGUGAAGAAGCAAUGUACGUUUCAGCCAGGGUGUGAUACCUGCUGGUUUUUCUGGGUGAUGGAUCAAGGCUCAUGGGAAAGGGUACAUCAGGUCAGAAAGAUGACCCGGAAAAUGUAAAGGUUUCUUUAUUGCUAUUAGCUCCAAGGCAAACGUAAUUUGGGAAGGAGUGCCAUGCUUGUUGUCCUGAUAGGAUUACAUACCAAAAAGACUACCUUUACACAAAACUAGCUUCUCAUUUUAAGAGAUUAUUUUAUGUAAUUUUCUUCAAAGUGUUUUUCAAGCAUAAUUUUUCAUUCAAGUUUUGGCAUCUGCAACAUUGAGCAAACCACGGAUAAUUGUACCUCAACUCAGACUUACUCUGCGGGGCUGGGGAAGAUGCACUCACUUCUGUGUCUUUUGGGGAGCUCUGGCCACCUUCACUGCAACUAAAGUGUAAACAACAGUAGUUGACAAGGGACUGACUCCAAAUGUACUUGAAUUAAUUCUGCUGGCUUUUUCUUUUUUCUUUUUUUUUUUUUAUGUCAAGGGCUGUAGAAUGUGACUUUCAGUAUUUGAGAUGUGUACUGGUAUUUGUAGGGGUUUUGUUUGACUAUUUGUGAAAUAUCCCUUUAAAAUGGCAACGGUCACCCUUAGCAUUCUUGCACUGUUUUCCCUCAAAUGGACAUAAAGAUGUACACACACACCCCAGACCAUUGUCAUGUUGCAAAAAUUGUGCAAUUGAAUGCAUUGGUAUAAUGUGUAAUCUAACCUUAGUAGUGUUGAGGAAUUUUUUUGCAGAAUUUUGCCCUUUUUAAAGACUUAACUAUUUUAAUGUUUGUCUAGUUUCUUAUAUAGGAAAAAUUCUGUACUGUGUUCAGUGGGUAAUACAUUUUUUUUACAACAUAUUUUUCAUCUUCGAAGUUUUUAUAGAUUAACUUACUAGGAUUUGUAACAGGAGGAAUCCCAUUCUUUAUUUGGGCUUGAUUUUUGGUUGGUUUUUUUUUUUGUAUUUCAAAAGUAGAUAAAUGAAGAUUGCUUUGGGGUUGUUUUGUUGACUUUUUCUGUCUCCUUGAGCAGGGAAAUGGAACAUGCCUUGCUGUUUUUAAGCUAAAAUUAUGGAGUCUAUGUAAAAGAACACUGCCGAAGGGCAAAAAAGAGGCAAAAGAGACAGUGGGAUUUAGUCAGGCCUAGCCACUGGUCCUCCUUGUUCUUCUGCUAAAAGGAGCAGGAGGGCAACCAAGACCUACUCGGGCCUCUGAAAAACAGUUUGAAACCCACUGGCUUUUCAAAAAUGCUGAAUUAUUCUGUUACUGUGAAAAAUGAAGUACAGUGCUUGGAUGAAAUAAGCAGGUACUGGAUUGGUACCUUUUUUCUUCAAGAAUAAUACAAUAAAUAGUACAAUGGUACAAGAAUAGUCCAAGGGUGAAGAACUAGCAUUGUGUGACAUGCAUGUGCACAUAUCCCCAUGUAUAUAAGCAUACACUUGUAAUUUGGACACAAAUAUAAGUUAUAGUCCAAGCUGGCAACAUUCACAUACGUAAUAUCUGGCAUGUGCUUGAAGAGCAGUUUAUUUUUAAUUCAAAAUAAACAGUACAUAAACUGA